UUUUUAAGUUUUGCUCUUCCAUGCCGACGUACUUUCACAACGAUCACCUUAAAGCAUAAUUUUAAAACAUCAGGACUGACUGCGAUCACACCACCCAGCUCGGUGAUGAUGAAGGCUGCACUUGUCACGUUCAGCUCUCUGUGUUACUUUGUCGGACUGUUGGCUGAAACCGGAAAGCCUCGAGCCAUUUGCCCGAAUCCCACAAUUGAGGCAGUGGAAGGUGAUACAGUCACUCUACAAUGUUAUUUGAAUCCCCCGCACAGCGUGGUGGAUUACGCUCUUGAUUGGACAAGAGAUGACCUCAACAAAGGGGUGUACUCUUAUCGAGGCAAGCAGGAAAAUCCAAAUGACUGGAUGGAUCAAUACAAAGGCAGGUCGACUCUCCACCUUGAAGACCUGAGCAGAGGCAUCCUGACUCUGCAGAUCUCCUCAGUACAGCUGGCUGACAGCGGACCGUACAAGUGUUUUAUCUCAAGACUGUUGACCAGCUGUGUUGUUAAUGUCACUGUUGUCCACCAGAGCAAAAAGAACACAACUAGACCUCCACCAGAUGAGCCGGACAAAGCUGAUGGUGAAAACGGGAAGCUUGUUGCCAUCAUCACCUCCACUGUUGUCGUCGUCCUUGUCUUCAUUGUCGUUGGGGUUCUUGUGAGACGGGGAACGAUCCAGAAACUGAUGACGAGGUUCAGAGGAAGGAGGGAGCAAAAUGCAGAGCUAACAAACUGCUGUGGGCUGAACCCUCUGAGGACUUCAUCAGCAAACAACAACCCCGAUGCAGAAAACAACAUGCAAGUAGUUUAGUGAUGGUCCGGACUUAGUCUGUCUGUCUAAAGUGAGCACUGCAGGGCUCCGGACUAACCUUUCCAUUGGUGCUACCAACUUUCUCAGUUUGUCACACCACAUGAUUUGGUCACACCCUUUUUUUUUUUUUUUUUUUUUUUUUGUUACAGUAGGUAACAGCUGAUAAGAAGCGGGGAGGGGCUCUGUGUUUCAGGUGAUAUAUCGGCCCCUGCAAGUUUUGUGUUUCUUACAGUUGUUGUGCAAGCUAAAACUGUGUUGACACGGUAACAACAAUGUGGCAGAUUGCCUUCAAUAUAAACGCAGCCGAUCAUACCUCAACCAAAUCUGGCUAAAUCUACAUCUGUUCCCUGCAGAGGCUCUAGCCACAACCUGAAGGAGGAGCUAGUAAAAAUGACUUUUCAUAUUUCAUAACAUGAAGUAAAAGUAGUAGUAAUAAUAAUAAUAAUAAUAAUAAUAAUAAUACAUUGUUAUUAUUAUAAGUUAUUUAUUAUAAUAAUUAUAUAAUGUGACUAUUUUUUAAUUAUAAUGUCACUUUAGUAUACUUUAUAUCUUACCACGUGUAGCAUCUAACAUUAAUUCCAGUUUCUUUUUUUCAUUCCUUAAAUGAUUGUGCAAGAAAAAUGCUUUAGCUUACGUGAUGGUUGAGUUAGACUCUAAUUUAUUCAUGCUGUGAUUGGUUGGUUGUCGAAAAGUGACAUUGACGAGCUCAUUGACUUCAUGAAAGUUGUUUCAAGAAAAUUCACCUCAUGCUGCUAAAUAGCCAACUAACCAAACAUAAACCUUCCUCAUCUUCUCCUUGCUGCCUUCUGUCUCACCGCUUCACCUGCCAACGCAUCUCUACCCCAUUAGGAUUUCUCUUGGUGCCGGUGGCAGCCGGUCAGACAAUGUUGUAAACGGUUAGCGGGGGGUACGGUAGGUUGCGGUUUUUACUUGCACAUAAGGGGCAUUUUGUGAGUGAAAUGGUGGAGCUGCUAAAGAUCACCUUACACUCGCACGAAUGAGACCACAUGAAAUUUUAACUCACACACUCCUAAUUGUUACUUUGCGCUAACGCAAAUGGUGCUCAUCCCUUCUGCUCUCCCUGGGCCCCGUCCGGUUUAUAUAUUCCCGUGAUCUGUUCUGGACCUGCUCAGUUCGGCCUCUCACCCUCUCUGGACUCUCGGCUAUGGUUCCCUUCUGCUCUGCACUGCAGCCACCAACCUGGUUCUGCUGCAUCUAGUCUUCCGGUCUCCUCCCUCUCUUAGUCCUGCACUUGAGACUACUGGCCUAGCCGCCAGAAAAGUUAAACACAACCUUUUGGUAAUAACGUGCUGUUAUUAUAUAGCCUACAUGUAAAUAAAGGAACGAAGCGCUCUAGCAGUCAGUGACCGCCAUUCAUUAUGUCUCCCCUGUCAGGUUUCUCCUUCACUCGUGUCAUUGCCAAAACUUUUUGGGCAUUCAUCCUUUUGUUGUUCUGCUUCAAUCUCGGAAAUGUAGCCGGUAACACGCCUUGAUUUGGAAGGAGGUGAAAGAAUUGGAUAACAAGUCCAGCAGGCUGUGUGUGGAUGUAGGCCUGCUUGUAGGGGUACUGGACGAAAGGCUGGAGUAUUCAUCACUAUCAAUGGGAGGCUGCAGGCUUAAAGUGGGCUGAGACUGGCUGAUGGCGGUCAGGCUUUGCUUGUGGAUGUGGUAGUUUGAAGCUAUGUUAAAGGAAGUUUCUGCAGGAGAUGCAUCAGGUGGUGCAGGCCUCUGGUGAGCUCAGAAACUUAUUGGUUGAGUUGAUUAAUGAUCUGUCUGACCUCCUCCAUCUCCAGCAGAGUUACAUUAGCCUGAGUGGACUCGUGGCUGCUGCCUCCUGUACUGGCUCUAGGCCUGGUGUGUUGAAAUGGACCAAGGGUCCAUGGUCUUCAGUUCCCUCUACAACUUUGGGACUAAGAUCUGGGCUCCUAAGCAGGGGACAGUUGGAUUAAGCAGCUCUGAAGGCUUUUGCUCAGCCGCUGACUCUCCCUGGGCUGAGACUCGAGUGGCUGUACGAGUGCUGUGCUCUUUUUUUGACAGUGGCUGAGGGGUUGAGCUCUGCCCGUGAAGGCCAACAAGGUUUCUGAAGCUGGUCAGCAGCAGAUUGCGAAGGGAGCGUGUUGCUGGAGGGAGGUGGACCAAGUUGUCAGACUCAUCCCCCUGUGUAUCCACAAGAGAGGGGAGCCUGCGUUCGUGGGUAAGCCUGGGUGACCUUGAAAACCCGCUGAGGCCCUCGUCCUGGCUGUCCUCACGCAGGUUGUAGAUUGUUGUGGAUAUCUGAGGCAAACACACUGGCAUACUUGUGGUAGAGUACCAGCACAUCUUUCAGGUCACACACACUGAUAUACUGAAUGUGAUAGUAUGUCAACACCUUCACAUCAGCAUUGGUCUUGAUGACCUGAGUCUCUCUCGUAUUAGCACGUCAGACACACUGAAAACAGCAUCAAAUUAAAUGUAAUUUCUCCUCCUGUUCACCUUUAUUAGUAUAUAGUAGUCUAUUAAUUAAUGAUUCCUGAUCAAACUGUGCAGUAUAGUUAAGGCGUUCUUUCGCAGAAACAGAUCUGUUGAGACAUUGCCAAAGCCCACAGUGGUCAGGCUGCUGACGGUAAAGAAACGGGUGGUGACGUAGGCUGUGUGCCGUCGGGCCGCCCAUCGUGCUGUUGAUGUGUGGCAUCUCCAUACGUCUGCUCAGCUCAUUGAGCCACCCAGUGUGCGAGGUCCACUCGUUCUAUCUCCACGUGUCCGGUCUCGUACCAGAUGCAGGCCAUCCAGUGUGCCAGCAGGGCAAACAUAGACAUUACACGGUGCUGUACUGAAGCAGACCAAGGAGACGCAGCAGGCGUACAGUCUUGAGCAGGUGGGCGAAGGAGGUCAUUGGGAUACAGUGCACUGCUGCCACCUCUGGUAUCAAAGGCUUUUCAGUCACGCUCUGAAGCCAAACUGUCCAACAGGCAGCCAUUUGUUAAUUUUCCUUUUAUGAGUUUAAUGUAGACUUUCUCUAUCUUUCAUUUAUUCUCUCUCUCUUUCUGCUUGUCUCUGUCUUGACUGUCUGUCAGUCUCUGUUUGUCUUAUUUGCCUGUAUCUCUUUCAGUCUCUUUCAUUUCUCCUGGAUCCAUUUCACAAAAGAAACUCAUUUCAGCUUCCAUCUAUGACAUUAUAAUAUCUUUCAGCAAUGAAUUUUAGCUCUGUACAACAUCCAAGUUCUUAUGCAGUGAUUUGCAAUGUCAUUGAGCUUCAGUACUUUAUUAUGCAUUUCAUUUCAGCACUUUUGCAUUUUCUGCAGUGUUAUGCAAGGUCAGCUCAGCUUUAAGCUUUGUUAUACUUUGUUAUUGUUUUCUUAUUGUUAUACUUUGCGGACAGUAGAACAAUUUAGCUUUUCAGUGCAUUUGAUUUCAGCUCUUCUACAUUUCCUGCAGUGUUUUGCAAGUUCAGUUCAGCAUUCACACGCACUUUCAGCAGGAAAUGCAAUUUUCUAGUUUGUUUUGUAUUUGCAUCACUUUGUCUUACAAAGACUUGGCUUGACAGCAGACUAUUGUUCAAAAUUUACAUUUACAAGUCAAACCAGGCUUUCUGUAUAAAAUUCAUAGCUGGUAACUGGUCAUUUUUUAGUGAAAUUGGGAUGAAAAUACGAAGCCCGUAUGAUUCGCUUGGAACUGAAGGUUUUUGUUUUUAUUUUGGGGGGUGGGAUCUGCACAAAUGAAUUAAAGGGAGCCUGACUGUGACCAGCAGCACAAAUACUUGGGAACAAUCCAGAAUAAUGAACUUUCCUUUGAUGCCAAUAACUGAUUUUAUUUAUAAAAAACAAAAAUUGUUUUUCUCAAAGCAGCAUUAUGUAAUUAUUAUUUAUUUUGUAAUUUAAUGUAACUUAUAUUAUUAUUUGGUCCCUCUACAGAUUCAGUGUCAUUCACUGCUGUCCUAAUAUAGCAUAUAUAUGUAUACCAACAUUAUUUUAAAGCUGUUAUUUUAAGAUACAUAAUGUUGCUUUAAGGACGUCUUGAUGUCUGGUCUGGUGCAGGUAAGCUAAUCAGCAGGACUGAAAGUUUCCUCGCUAACAUCACGUCCUGCUUGGUAGUUAAGCUUUUCAGCCCAGAUUUCUCUUUUGUGAAACCACUGAGUAGCACUUUAAGUUCCCCAGCAUUUCUAUGCAGUGUAAGUGGGUUAUAAGACAGUGUGUUAGGAUACAGGAUUUGUCACAUUAAAAUGUCAAACUUUGUUUUACUGAUCCAUCAUUGAAUGUGUUGACAUCAACACUUACCUGUAUACUACUACAUUAGUGUGUACUGAAUGUAUUAAGUGUGUAUACUGCAUAUAAACGCUAAAUAGGGGGACCUGAAGUAAAGAUUGAAAGUAAAUGUCACCCUACACGCAGCUGCUUAUUUAAUGAAUUAGACCUGAUAGAAGACCUCCUUUAAAUUAUUGGAUUGUUGGUGAUCUCCAGAUUACUUUCUUUUUGCAUUACCCUGAAUGUUUUGUGUGAUUUGUUUUUGUCACAUGGUUAUUUGUUAUCUUUUUGCUGUGCCAACACCAAAGACCACAUUUUCUUAAAGUUUUAUACCAAUUGUGCAAUUUGCAUAAAGUCUGGGUUAAUCCAAAA